GUUCUGCUGCUGCGGUAUGUCGCAAACUCUUGUUUCGGGCACUUCUUCGAGUAUGUCUGCUGACCGUGUUGAAGACCGGGAAGUAGAUGUGUUCGAGAGGUUAAUGCGUUCAUCGCUGAAAGAUGUACGUAUUGACAGAGAAGGCGACAUUCAUGGAUUGUGCGAGACAGAAGAGGAUGUUGUCCAUCUUCUGAGCAACUUGCGCGUCCAUGGCUACGCAUACUCAGUUAGAAGAAGUGCGUAUUAUCGCCAGCCCCCUUCAGGUGCUGCUAAACACGAGACAGGCUUCUUCUACAGCCACACUAAAGGCAACAUACCUAUACAGUUUUUUGGCCCUGUUUUCUGUGUCGAGAGCUUAGUUAAAAGAGAAUGUACUCUUGGCCCGUUAUAUCAUAAAAAGGAGACUCUUGUUGCAGAUCAUCUGGUGGACCAUGUUAACCCAAAGAAGAAGAGAAAAGUUCUCAUGGACACACAAAAGAAAGGCUGUCCAGCAACAUUUGAUGUCAAGUGUGUCAGGGUAUUCCCCGAUUAUGCGAUAAACUCGGCAACAGACAGUUCAAAAAAAAGAGUUACUGAGAAACUGAAACGAGACUUGGAGUCGACACAGGUACCAAAAAGUUAUCUGAGAUAUUACGUGGCUGCCUCCCAAGCAAGCCGCCAUAAUCAUGGCAUUGAAUGUGUGAAAACGAUUGGACACAUACACCCUUUGCUUUCAAAAGAGAUCAGGGAUAUAGUUGCAAAGGGGACGAACUCAGUUCGGAUAAUUAAGUUAGAACUGGAGAGAUUUGUGGAAAAAAAUUUCACUGGGGAAAACAGACCAGAUCGGAUGAACAUAAUGUUUUACCCAACAGAUAGUACAAUUUAUAGCCAUAUGUAUCGGGCUCUGUUUGAUUUGAAGAAAACUGUUAUUGACCAAGAUGCAUUAAGGAAUCAAAUUAAUGGGUGGGAAAAGGAAUCGAAGGCUGAGAGAUUUUUUUUCAGACCGUUUACAGAUGACAAUGGAAAAGUGCAGCCAUUGCUUUUUUGUUACCAGCACAAGUAGCAAAGGGAACUUUUGAAAAGGUAUGGUAGGGUUUAGGGUAUGUUUGCUUGAUGCAACAUACAAGACAACGAAGUAUGACAUUCCAUUAUUUUUCUUGGUAGUGAGAGCUAAUGUAUGCUAUGUAGUAGUUGGGAUAUUCUUCAUUCAAGUAGAAAACACUGCUUCGAUUAAAGAGGCUCUAGAAAUUUUCAAGGCAUGGAACCCAGACUGGAAUCCAGUUUCAUGGGUUACAGAUUUCUCUGAGCCUGAGAUACGGGCAAUUGAAGGAACAUUUCCAAUGUCAAGGGUUUAUCUUUGUUUAUUUCAUCGAAAGCAAGCCUGGCAACGGUGGCUUAGCAAAAAGAACAAUUUAGACAUACCGGGUGAUAGUGAGCAAAUCAUGAAGCUGUGGGAAGGAAUUGCUGAGUCACCAUCUGAAGAACAAUUCUUAACUGCAAAACAAAACCUUCAAUCUCAUGAAUUGUUAACUAGAAAUUCUGGUGCACUUGAUUAUUUUAAUAAGCAAUGGCUUUCAGUAUCUGAAAGGUGGGUGAAGGCCUAUGAGGACAAGGAGAAUUUCUUCGCCAAUAUAACUACUACUAAUGGUGUUGAAUCACUAAAUAAAAGAGUGAAACAUUUUUUUCUUAGACAUUCAGCAGAUAAAACAUUGACAGGUGUUGUUAAAGUUUUGAUAAAUGAUUUCCUCCCUAGCCUGUUUAAAAAAUAUUGUCUGAAGAAUUCAGCUGUGAAAUCUUACAGCACAGAGAUUCCUGAUUUCUUGCAUAACAAGUCACACGAAUUUGUGAAUCACGUAAUGAAAAGAUAUUCUUCAGCGCAAACUGACCUUACCGAAAGCUCAGUGAGAGAAAUGGGUGAGGGAUUAUUUUGUGUACAAAGUGCCGAGGCCAAGGAUUGUUACUAUGUGGUGAAUUUUGCAAAGCCUAAUUGCACAUGUGAAGACUUCCAAAGGUGGAAAUA